UCCAAGCCCCUGGGGGGGUGUGACAAUCUUUAAUCUCCAGACUCCAGGCAGGACCCUCGCUGUUAUGAUGACAUGCAGGUUGUAUGUAGGGUGCAGUCCUGCUGAUAAACCUCUUCCAGACCGGCCGCUCACACUUGGUUUGGCUGUAGCCUUCCAGCAUAAGUGGUUGUCCAAGGGUGAGCUGACUUUCUCCUGCAGUGAUGACAUGCCUGCGUUACUCGAGGGAUAUCGCAGAGAGCAGAGGCUCCUGCUAACAUCAAAGGAGAGUGACAGCUUUCCCCUGGGUGCGCGUGGCCUCAGCUGGCAGGAGCAAUAGCUGUGUUAAUUCUUGCCUUGCUUUGGCUCUGUGUGAAAGGAACAAUGUCCUGGUCUCCAGCUCCCUGUUCAGACCUCUGGAUCAGCCCCUGUUCCUCUCUCCGCUCACUGCCGCUGGACCCAGCACCGUACUUCACUGGGGAAGUGAUGGUUUGCAAAUGACAGAACAAGAUCUUGAUGCUACUACUUAGAAAAUCCAUUAGUAGCAGGCCGAUGCUGCAACCAGUUUCUUGAGAGCUGCAAGAUCCGGGAAUCUGGACAAAGCCUUGGAUCACCUCAGGAAUGGGGUAGAUAUUAACACCUGUAACCAGAAUGGGCUGAACGCCUUGCACCUGGCCUCCAAGGAGGGCCACGUGAAAAUGGUGGUGGAGCUGCUGCACAAGGAGAUCGUUUUGGAGACAACGACCAAGAAAGGAAACACAGCCCUGCACAUUGCUGCCCUGGCUGGACAACAGGACGUGGUCCGGGAACUGGUGAACUACGGGGCCAACGUCAAUGCGCAGUCACAGAAAGGCUUCACACCCCUCUACAUGGCAGCACAGGAAAACCACCUGGAAGUUGUCAAGUUCUUGCUGGAAAAUGGAGCCAACCAGAAUGUAGCCACAGAGGACGGCUUCACUCCACUAGCUGUGGCUCUGCAGCAAGGGCACGAGAACGUGGUUGCUCACCUUAUCAACUAUGGGACAAAGGGUAAGGUCCGCCUGCCCGCCCUGCACAUUGCAGCCCGCAACGAUGACACUCGCACAGCUGCUGUGCUGCUGCAGAAUGACCCCAAUGCUGACGUCCUCUCCAAGACUGGAUUUACCCCCUUGCACAUUGCAGCCCACUACGAGAAUCUCAGUGUGGCCCAAUUACUGCUGAACCGUGGAGCCAGUGUCAACUUCACACCCCAGAAUGGGAUCACUCCCCUGCACAUAGCCUCCCGCCGGGGCAACAUCAUCAUGGUACGGCUGCUGCUGGACCGUGGGGCCCAGAUAGAGACAAGGACCAAGGAUGAGCUGACCCCUCUCCACUGUGCAGCUCGCAAUGGACAUGUGCGAAUCGCAGAGAUCCUGCUGGACCAUGGGGCUCCCAUUCAAGCCAAAACCAAGAACGGCUUGUCGCCGAUCCACAUGGCAGCGCAGGGCGACCACCUGGAUUGCGUGCGCCUGCUCCUGCAGUACAGCGCCGAGAUUGACGACAUCACCCUGGACCACCUAACGCCGCUGCACGUGGCCGCCCACUGUGGGCACCACCGGGUGGCCAAGCUGCUGGUGGAGAAGGGGGCCAAGCCCAACUCCCGAGCCCUGAACGGCUUCACACCCCUCCAUAUCGCCUGCAAGAAGAACCACAUCCGGGUGAUGGAGCUGCUGCUGAAGACGGGUGCCUCCAUCGAUGCCGUCACAGAGUCUGGCCUGACUCCCCUGCAUGUGGCCGCCUUCAUGGGGCACCUGCCCAUCGUCAAGACCCUGCUGCAGCGUGGAGCCUCUCCGAAUGUGUCCAACGUGAAAGUGGAGACCCCCCUACACAUGGCAGCCAGAGCUGGGCACACGGAUGUGGCAAAGUACCUGCUGCAGAACAAAGCCAAAGCCAACGCCAAGGCCAAGGAUGACCAGACUCCUCUGCACUGCGCCGCACGCAUCGGCCACACCGGCAUGGUCAAACUCCUGCUGGAGAACAACGCCAACCCCAACCUGGCCACGACAGCGGGGCACACGCCCCUGCACAUCACUGCCAGAGAGGGGCACGUGGACACGGCCCUGGCCCUGCUGGAGAAAGGGGCCUCGCAGACCUGCAUGACCAAGAAAGGAUUUACCCCUCUCCACGUUGCAGCCAAGUACGGGAAGGUGGACGUGGCGGAGCUGCUGCUGGCACGUGACGCUCACCCCAAUGCAGCAGGGAAGAAUGGCCUGACCCCGCUGCAUGUGGCUGUGCACCACAACAACCUGGAGAUCGUCAAGCUGCUGCUUCCUAAGGGGAGCUCCCCGCACAGCUCAGCCUGGAAUGGGUACACCCCCCUGCACAUUGCUGCCAAGCAGAACCAGAUGGAGGUGGCCAGCAGCUUGCUGCAGUACGGGGCUUCUGCAAACGCGGAGUCUGUGCAGGGAGUCACCCCCCUCCACCUGGCUUCCCAGGAGGGGCAUGCGGACAUGGUGGCACUGCUUUUCUCCAAACAAGCCAACGGUGACCUAGGAAACAAGAGUGGCCUGACUCCUCUCCAUCUUGUGGCCCAAGAGGGGCAUGUGCUGGUCGCUGAUGUUCUGGUGAAACACAGAGUCACGGUGGAUGCAACGACCAGGAUGGGCUAUACCCCGCUGCAUGUGGCCAGCCACUAUGGGAACAUCAAGCUGGUGAAGUUUUUGCUGCAGCACCAGGCUGAUGUCAACGCCAAGACUAAGCUGGGCUACACCCCUCUGCACCAAGCGGCGCAGCAGGGCCACACGGACGUUGUGACACUGCUGCUGAAGCACGGUGCCUCUCCCAACGAGAUCAGCACAAACGGCACCACUCCCCUGGCAAUCGCAAAGCGGCUCGGCUACAUUUCCGUCACAGACGUGCUCAAGAUCGUCACAGAGGAAACGGACAUCCCGUCAGUCAGUGACAAGCACCGCAUGAGCUUCCCGGAGACCGUAGACGAGAUUCUGGACGUGUCAGAGGAUGAAGGCACUGCUCAUGUCACAGUAAUGGAGGAGGAGCUGAUCGCACCAACGCCCAGGACACCCGAUCCCAGGGACCAGGACGGCAAGAGGGAGACGCUGGACUUUAUGACCACGACGACACUGGACCAAACGGUGGAGUCUCCAGCUGUCCUGCAGGUCCCCUGCGUCCCACCUGAGACUGUGGUGACCAGAGCGGAGGAGACUGAGCAGGUAGGACCUGUGGAGACAGAAUCUGAGCAAGUCAGCCUGCUGCAUGCACCCUCAGUGUCCCCACAGGAGCCCUCCAAGGAGUUCGAUGAGGACUCCCUGAUCCCCAGCAGCCCCGCCACCGAGACCUCGGAUAACAUCAGCCCAGUGGCCAGCCCCGUGCACACAGGGUUCCUGGUGAGCUUCAUGGUGGAUGCCCGCGGCGGCUCCAUGCGGGGCAGCCGGCACCACGGACUGCGUGUGGUCAUCCCGCCCCGCGCCUGCGCCGCGCCGACCCGCAUCACCUGCCGCCUGGUGAAGCCCCAAAAGCUGCCUGCACCCCCGACGCUGGCUGAGGAGGAGGGUCUGGCCAGCCGGAUCAUCGCCCUGGGGCCCGCUGGCGCCCAGUUCCUCAGCCCCGUCAUUGUGGAGAUCCCACACUUUGCCUCGUGCGGGCGCGGAGACCGCGAGCUGGUGGUGUUGCGCAACGAGAACGGCUCCGUCUGGAAGGAGCACCGCAACCGCUAUGAGGACAGCUACAUGGACCAGCUGCUCAACGGCAUGGAUGAGGAGCUGGAGAGCCUGGAGGAGCUGGAGAAGAAGAGGGUCUGCCGCAUCAUCACCACCGACUUCCCUCUCUACUUCGUGGUCAUGUCCCGGAUUUGCCAGGACUGCGAUCUGAUCGGCCCUGAGGGAGGGUGUUUGAAAAGCACACUGGUGCCCAUGGUACAGGCCACCUUCCCAGACACGGCUGUCACCAAGAAAGUGAGGCUGGCCCUUCAGGCACAGCCCGUGCCCGAUGAGCUGGUGACUAAGCUGCUGGGGAACCAGGCAACCUUCAGCCCCAUCGUCACAGUGGAACCGCGCCGGAGGAAGUUCCACCGUCCCAUCGGCCUCCGCAUCCCGCUGCCGCCGUCCUGGAAGGACAAUCCCCGUGACAGUGGCGAGGGUGACACCACCAGCCUGCGCCUGCUCUGCAGCGUGAUCGGAGGGACAGCCCAAGCCCAGUGGGAAGACAUAACAGGCACCACGAAGCUGGUCUAUGAGAAUGAGUGUGCUAACUUUACCACCAAUGUGUCUGCCAGGUUCUGGCUGGCCGACUGCCCGCGCACAGCUGAGGCCGUGCACUUUGCCACAAUGCUGUACAAGGAGCUGACGGCCGUGCCCUACAUGGCCAAAUUCGUGGUGUUUGCCAAGAUGAAUGAUGCACGGGAAGGCCGGCUGCGCUGCUACUGCAUGACUGACGACAAGGUUGACAAGACUUUAGAGCAGCACGAAAACUUCACUGAGGUGGCCCGCAGCAGGGACAUUGAGGUGGUAGAGGGGAUGCCUUUGCACGUCGAGCUCUCAGGGAACCUGGUGCCUGUCAAGAAGGCCACUCAGCCCCGCACCUUCCUCUUCCAGUCCUUCCGGGAGAAUCGUCUCGCCAUCCCCAUCAAGGUUCGGGACAGCAGCCGGGAAGCCAGCGGCUCCCUGUCUUUCUUGCGCAAGGCCAUGAAAUAUGAGGACCUCCAGCAUGUGCUCUGCCACCUGAACAUCAGCAUACCGCCCUGCACCAAGGGAAGCGGCAGCGAGGAGCGGAGGAGGACACUGACGCCGUUGUCUCUGCGGGAGCGAUACAGCAUCCUAAGCGAGACCAGUUUUGGCUCUCUGAGCAGCACGGACAAGGCAGACCAGAAGAUGGUUGACAUAGCAGAACAGCUGGGCCUCAGCUGGGCUGAGCUGGCCCGUGAGCUGCAGUUUGGGGUCGAUGACAUCAACAGGAUACGUGUGGAGAACCCCAACUCCCUGCUGGAGCAGAGCAUAGCCUUGCUCAACCUCUGGGUCAGCCGCGAGGGCAAGAGUGUCAAAAUGGAGAAUCUGUACACGGCACUGAGGAACAUUGACCGCAGCGAGAUUGUCAACACACUGGAGGGCUCUGGCCGGCAGAGCCGUAGCCUGAAGGGCAGCUGGCGCUACACGGACAGAGACUAUUCCCUCUCGCCGUCCCAGAUGAAUGGUUACGCUUCGCUGCAGGACGAGCUGCUGUCCCCCGCCUCCCUGCAUUACACGCUGCCAUCCCCGCUGCGUGCCGACCAGUACUGGAACGAGGUGGCCAUCAUGGAUGCUAUCCCCAUGGCUGCCACCGAGCAGGAUGCCCUGAUGGAGAUGUCCGACAUACAGGUGUGGUCCUCGGGGCUCACCCCCUCGCUGGUGACUGCUGAGGACUCCUCUCUGGAGUGCAGCAAGGCCGAGGACUCGGAUGCCACAAGCGAAGGCCGGUUCCCGGGGCAGCCUCUAGCAGACGCGCAUGGCCCGGACCACAUGGGCUCUAUGGACCUGGUUGAGGAUGACACAGUGGACUCAGAUGCCAUGAACGGCCUGAUUGACCUUCUAGAGCAGGAGGAGGGGCAGAGGCCAGAGGGGAAGAUGCCAGCCGGUGAUCGCCAGCCAGGGACCGGGGCGCAGGACCCAGAGAGUGAAGUCUCUUUUGUUUCAGUUCAGCAGAAGGUGCAAGCCAGGAUCACGGCAUCGCCUACCGUUAGCCACGUCGUGGAGAAGAGCGCGGACAGGCUGAGGGACUGGAAUGCAGAAGGCUCCUUUAUCUCCUGCCUACAGGACCUGACAGCGGGCUCCUGGCAGGAGGGGGUCACCCGAAGGCUGCUCCUGACGCACACCACGGCCUCCGGGGCACAGGGCCAGGAGCGAGAGCAGGUCCUGGUGCCGGCCGUGGAGCUGAUGCGGGUCAGCUCCGCAGAGGACAGCGACUGGCAGCCCCAGCACCCCAUGGGCGGCUGGCAGGAGGAGGCAGACAGCGGCUUCUUUGGGCAGGGGAACGAAGUCCUUCAUCUCCCCGGACAGCAGGUGACUGAGGAGCAGUUCACAGAUGAUCAAGGCAAUAUCAUCACCAAGAAGGUCAUCCGGAAAGUGGUGCAUCAGCUGGGUCCUGGUGAUGCAGAUGACAGGCAGGAGCAGGAGGAGCUGAUGCUGGAGGGCUCCCUGCAGGAGCCCCAAGACCUGGAGGCUGAGGACGAUCACUUCAUGAAAUACUCCAUCCUGCACCGAGACGGUCUGGGGGCCAAGGAGGAGGUGCGAGUGCGUGUCCCGAAACCAGAGGUCUCCGGGGGCAGGAUGGGGGCUCAGAUAGUGAAACGAGCCAGCCUGAAAAGGGGGAAGCAGUGACCCCUCAAAUGGCCUCUUUUGAGGAUCUCACCUCAACACCAAACCACUGAACUCCACACAUGUUCUGACACAUACCUGAGAAGAGAGGAGAGGAAAGCAGAGAGUGGAGGGGAGCAGGGCUGGCUGUACAUGUUUCUAUAGGCUAAUGGCAUGAUUUCUGUAUGAGACAUACUUACCGUCCUAUCCGCAUGACUGACUGACUGCAAGACGCAUGAGCUACAGUACUUAAAACUGACGGAGGGGCCUCCGUCCCUGCCCCACUGCUGCCAGGAGCCCAGAGACAGCAGCACGCACCAGGGGCAUCCUCCCACCUCCUCCGGGAGGCAAAAGCUGGACUGGCAGAGGGAAGGAGACUCUACCCUCGCACGUUCGUGUGUGUAAACGCAUCCCCAUGCCCGUGCUCCAGCUGCAAGAGGGAAGCUGGGGCGGCACGGCGCUGCUCACCGAGGAAGGAGAGGGGCUUGACUCCCCCCC